UGCGAGAAAAGAAUAUGGCAGCAGAAGCAGAUGACUGGUUACUGUGCAGUGUGCAGUGUGCAUUGCUAAUUUGCUCUCUCUGCCAAUUAUCAGAUUGCACAUCGCGGUGUUCCUUUUUGUAGUGCUUUUUUGGAAAAAAAAUCAUGCCUGUGUGUGCAGUUCCUAAUUGCCAAAAUCGGUCACGCUGCUUCUUACAGAAAGAAAACAUUAAAUUGUACCAAUUUCCUCAAGAGCCUGAUGUACAACAAAAAUGGCUCGAAGCGUGCGGACGAAAAGAAGGAGAUAUAAAACUUCGUAAAGCUGCAAUAUGUGAAAUGCAUUUUACACCCGACUGUUUCGAAAAUAAACUAACGCAGCCACGAUCGCAACAUGUGGAACCACGAAUGAUUCGUCGGUUGAAAAAAGGGUCUCUUCCAACACUGUACCUCAUUUUGGGAAAAAAAGACAGAAGAGAGUUCUGGGUUGUUGGUCACAAAAAUGUUAAACAGCAAGAAAAAGUGCCCUGGACUUUUACCCAACUUUUAUAAUGCGACUGUAGAUGAGCAUGGAAGCUAUUGGAGGAAUUUGAAAAAGAUGUAGCAUGUCUAAAAAUUGAAUCCGAGGCUUUAAUAUAUGUAGCUGGCUAUGUCGCACAUCGAUUUCGGUGUUCACAUAGCUAUCUUGGUCUACCCACUGCUAAAAUGCAGUCUCUCGAUGAGCACCAUUGGUUGUCGUUCUUAUCGAGAGGUAACUGUAUUUAUCCCUCUGAAGCUUUCCAAGCCGUUGCAAAAAUUAUGGAAGAGGAAUUUCUUAAAUUCCAUGGCGAUAAAUUCAGUAAAGAGUCUGCAAUAUUUGAUAAAGU